AUGUCCGUCGAAAAACUCUACGACAUUCAGUUCCAGCUGAAGUUCACUGCGAAGCAGUUCCUCAAGAAUGCGAGCCGUUGCGAGAAGGAGCAGAAGCAGGAGAUGAACAAGUGCAAGCACGCGAUGGAGAAGAACAACAUGGAGGGUGCCCGCAUUUAUGCCCAGAAUAGCAUUCGCAAGAAGAAUGAGGCGCUCAACCACCUGCGCCUGUCGGCCCGCAUGGAUGCCGUCGUGUCCCGGCUCGACACGGCUAUCAAGAUGAAGAUGGUGACGAAGAAUAUGGGCCUGAUGGUAAAAGGCAUGGACAAGGUGCUGCAGUCGAUGGACCCCGCCAAAAUCAGCAGGCUGAUGGACACCUUCGAGCAACAGUUCGAGACGAUGGAUGUAACCUCUGCCUACAUGGAAGGUGCUAUUGGCCAGAGCACGGCGGUCACCACACCGGAGGACGAGGUGAACAACCUCAUGUCUCAGGUCGCGGAUGAGCACGGCCUGGACAUCCGUGAGCAACUCAACGGCGAACUUCAGAUCAAGAACACCAACCUCACUGCAACAAAGGCGGAGGAGAAGCAGGUCGAGGAGGAUAGCCUGGAGGCAAAGUUCGCACAGUUGCGUGGACGUUGA